UCUUCAGCAAUCGCUGUCAGAUGACAGACGCAACUGCAUCCUGACGCGCCCGACAUGGAGAAAUUUUCAAAUGGAACACAUAACGGUCACGUUAACGAGGGCCUCGACACCGGGGAAAAAUUUCCGGAAGACAUUGAGACUCCAGUCCCCCAGGAGUCGUCCCCUGCGACACAAUCAGAAGAAAAACCAGAAUGGAGUGGAAAUCUUCAGUUCCUGAUGGCCUGCAUCGCCACGUCAGUGGGUCUGGGGAACGUCUGGAGAUUUCCCUACACAGCCUACGAAAAUGGAGGCGGAGCCUUCCUGAUCCCCUACAUCAUAGUCCUAAUCAUCAUAGGAAAACCAUUCUACUACAUGGAAGCAGCGAUGGGUCAAUUCACUAGUAGAUCCUGUGCAGGAUUGUGGGAUCUCACCCCAGCAAUGAGAGGAUUAGGAUUCGGUCAGGCGUUCGUUGGGAGCUACGUAGUCAGCUAUUACUGCUCGUUAAUGGCCCUCGCCCUUUUCUACCUGGUCGCAAGUUUCCAGGGUGAAUUGCCCUGGACCUACUGCUGGGACCAGUGGACCGAUCCCUGCGUGUCUCAGCACUCGAAUUUGAGUGAGGUCCAGGCAUCUGGAGUGAAAGUGACGGGUUCCGCUGAAUUAUAUUUCCGGAAGGAAGUGUUGAGGGAAACAGACUACAUUGAGUCUGGAAUAGGUUUGCCUUCGUGGAGAUUGACAAUUUGUCUAGCUCUGACUUGGCUGUCUGUCUUCAUCGUCCUUCACCGAGGAAUCCAGGACACUGGAAAGGCUGUUUACUUCCUCGCUAUUUUUCCUUACAUCAUCAUGAUUGCUCUUCUGAUAAGGGCAGUCACCCUCGAGGGAGCAGGCAGUGGGAUUAUGUUUUUCAUCACCCCAAACUGGGACAAACUCUGGGAUCCCCAUGUCUGGUAUGCAGCAAUCACCCAGUGCUUCUUCUCCCUGUCCGUUUGCUUCGGACCCAUUGUCACUUACUCAUCUCACAACAGGUUUUUCCACCCGAUGCACAGGGACGUGAUGAUUGUUACCACGUUGGACACGCUGACGAGCUUGAUGGCAGGCUGCACGAUAUUUGCAAUCCUUGGGAAUUUGGCGUAUGAAAUGGGAACUGAUGAUAUUGCUAGUGUCGUCAAGGGUGGAACUGGACUCGCUUUCAUCUCGUAUCCUGAUGCCCUGGGGAGAUUUUCAUUCGUACCCCAAGUUUUUUCGGUUCUAUUCUUCAUCAUGAUAUUCGUAUUGGGAUUGGGCACUGCAAUGGCACUUGCUGGCACUGUUUUUCUCGCUGCCUGCGAAUAUUUACCGAAUGCGAAGAAAUGGCUCGUUACACUCGUGAUAUCAGUCAUUGGAUUUGCUGUGGGACUCAUUUAUAUCACUCCGGGAGGACAAUGGCUCGUGGCUCUCGUCGAUUAUUACGGAGGGACUUUAGUUGCAAUCGUGGUUGGAGUACUGGAAAUAAUUUCGGUUUGCUGGAUUUAUGGACUGAGUAAUUUCUUGAAUGACGUGGAAUUCAUGCUGGGUGUGAGGCCUGGAGUUCAUUGGAGACUCUGUUGGCUGCUCAUUACCCCUGGACUAAUGAUUGUCAUCAUGAUUUAUACUUUUUGUAUUUACUCGCCCCUCAAGUACGAUGGGAAAUACUACCCAGACUGGGCAUACGUGGUUGGGUGGAUUUUAUUUUCCCUCGCGAUGGUGCAAAUUCCAGGAUGGGUUGUGUAUUAUGUGGAUAAACAAUAUAAAUUAUCAAUCCUGGAAGCAAUUAAAACUGCAUUUACACCGGCGACCACCUGGGGACCAAAAUGUCAACAGCAUCGAGAAAGUUGGCACCAAUUUGUCGAAGAGAAAAGGUCAAAGCACAAAAAAGGAUUGAAGCAUUUGCUCUUCGAUUAAUUUAUUACCAUAAAAAAAAAUAAUUCAGUCAUUUAUUUCAAUACCAUUCCCAUCGAAAAAUCAUUAUA